AUGGGACUGAGAGGUUUGGUCCCAGAAGCUGCCAUUGCCCUGCCGACCUCCUUCAGAAUCAAAAUCUUCCACGGUCUACAGGAUGGGUAUGAGGAUCCGGCAGACUUCAUCGAGGAUAUUGAAGCCUCGGUGGAAAGAGCCCCUGCUCGCGAGGUCUCGGCGUUGAGUAUCCUUGGUCAAGGACAUCUUCGAGCUAGUGCAUGA